CGCAAUUUACAUCUUGCAGUUGUGUUUUUCAUGAUUCUUACAGCGUUGGAUGGAACUUUCUUGAAAUCAGUUUUUUAGGGGCCCCAUCUCAGUUUUCCUUCAGUGUCCCAGAUGACUCCGUUAUGCCACUGAUUUGAAGGAUACUAUUUUAGAUGAAAGAUUUUGAAGUUUACAAUGUAAAUUACUCCACAGUUUAGCAUCAUGGUAUUGAAUUGACCUAAGCCAAUAUUGAAGACUGUUUUUUGGGGACAUUUAUAAAUUGCCUUGAUUGGGCUGUCUUCUGGAAUAUCCAUCAACAGCUGAACUCGUUAGGAAAACAUCAAGAAAGCAAGUAAGUAAAGUUUUAGUAACAGAAUGGCAAAAGUUUUUAUCAAGGUACGAGUUAGGAGACUGAUGCUUAUCUGAAAGGGGUCCUAAGAAUUUAACAAACUGAACCCCUUUUGGCUAUAUAUAGAACUUGAAAAUGGCUUUGAAAAAAGCAAACAUUUUAUAACAUAUUGGCUAAAAGCCUUUUCGUCUGAGACUCCUCAAGGCAUAAAACGUCAGAAUAAGGGUCUGAAACGGCCAAAAGAACACAGUGAAAAAUAUAUACCCCGUUGUGGAUCGAAUUAGGCUAAUCAGAAAAGAGCAAAGCACAAGACUGGUAUAGUUGAUCAAUCAGUACAAGGUGCCUAAAGGAAAAUUACCACUGGAGUCAAAGAGAAAAAAGGCACUUUCUGUCCACACAAUGGCGGCUUUUUCAUUUGUAUGUAGAUUGAUUCCAAAACUGCUAGAUAGAAAGGCGACCGGGCUCUGCCAAUUAUCCGAAACAUUUCGUCAUUAUAAAGUUUAGCACAAUCUGAGUUGUCUAAAAGAUGUUGACCGAUGGCAUGUUGUUCCUUCCUUAUUCUGACGAUUUCUGCUCUGAGGAGUGUCAGACGAAAAAGUUUCAGCCAAUAUAUUAUAAAAUGCUUGCUUUUUCAAAGCCAUUUUCAAACUGAACCCUUUUAAUGUGUUUCUCCCUAUUUUGAUAGCAGCGUUAGAAGUAAUACUUACAGAUGGAUAGUGAAAGAUUAUGUAGUUAUUUUUCCCAAUAUUCGGUGAUAUUUUUCAAUAGCAUCCAGCCAUUUCUGGCUGAUCUCAGCUUAGGAGUUAGUCAAAUUAGCCAAAUCAUUGGAUUCACAGUAGAUGUUUGUGUCAUUAGCAUAAAGAUAAAACUUGAGUUUCUUGCAAGCAUAUGUGUUUCUAACGACCACUGAUUUAUAUAAGAAACAGUUAUAUGGCCCUAGUACAAAUUCAUGGAACACCACAAGAAAUUUUAAGCAAGUCAGAAUAACAUUCAUAAAGAGAAACAAAUUUCUUCCUAUCAGAUUAGAGAGAUAUGAGCCAGAGAAGAAAACUUGCAUAAGUUUGCAGCAACGCUGGACUGCUUGUGCUUGCUCUUCAGGCCACUAGUGACCCAAAAAAUCAAUAAAUUCAUAUUUUAUACUAUUUAUGUAUAUCAUGGGCAUCAUUGCUCGCAGCUCUAAUGCUUCUGCUCACAGGCCACAAAAGACAAUGUGCUGUUGGUCACAAAAACGCGUCAGCAAAAUCAUUUGUGUUUCUAACCUGGGAUUUGAGCUGAGCCACUCUCGUGAUACAAUUUGUGAGAAUAUGUGGUUUUAUGUCCAUUUUCACUCAAUAAAUGUCACUUUUCUAUCAUUUUGUUUCUAAUAUUGUUAGUUGACCCCCAUAGGAGUAUCAAACGACCACUGCGAUAUUUGAGUUGAUUAUCAACUAUUGAUAUAAGAUCUAGAAUAACGGCAUUUAUAAGUUCUAGGUUGCUCACUCCUUUUCAAUGAAUUUUUAAACAUAUGAUAUUUUUCUGUGUAUAAAUCGAGUUUAAGUUGGCCCAGAAUGAAAUAAUAUUGACAUUGAUUGACAAAAAUCAGUUGCUUUAAUUAUUUUAAAACUGCAGUUUAUAAACUUCUAUCAAAAGUUGUUCAAACGAAAGUCUUUUUGUUCAAAAGGAAAUUGUUUUUCUGUAUGAAUUUCUUGUAAACUACACUUAUAAUUAUGAAUACAAAGCAAGUUUUCUAAAAAUCAUAUCAUCUGCGUAUAAGUUUAGGUAAACUUUUCUUGUGUAUUUUAGGGAUCUAGAAACUUGGGGCUUGUUAGUUUGAGAUAUAAAGGGAUAAAUUUAAAGAGGGGCUAAUAUGAGGCUUAUAAUUUUUUAAAGCUGUAAUACACUCAGAAUGUGAAGCUGUGUUUGAGAAGUUUUUCAGACACAAAAGAAAGAAGUGUACAUCUGCCUCCAAGGGUUUCAGAAUGAAUAUAUUAAUAAAUGUAUCCGUAUGAUAAAGCUAUUGCAUGCACAAGAUGAAUAGGCCCUUUUGGGAUGUUUCAACUUACAUUUUGUAGUACAAUGUUUAUAUUUACCAUUCUGGUGGUUCUUAAGAGAAAGGCAUUUUAAAAUGCAAGUUUCAGUUUUAAAAGGUGUAAUAUAAUAAUGACUUAAAUGAUGUUCCAUGUUUACAGUCUCUCUAGAUCUGAAAAUUGAUUAACAGCUUCUGGAAAACCAAAACAUGCAAAUGAUAAUGAACAGUUGUGGUCUUAUCUUAUUCAUAAAUUUGGGGAGAGUUAUCCUUUGAAUUUUUGAUAGCUUUCUAGCAGUGGGAAAUAUCUGGAAAUGUAGAAAGAAGCUCCCAGAAAGAUUUACUUACCAUGUAUUUGCUUUGUGCUAUGAAUAAAAAAUAAAAUUAAAUCCAAAAAUAUAAAAAAAUUUGGUAAAUUAAACUUUUGAAGGCAUCGUCUCAAGAUCUAUAUACAGGGACGUACCUACCCCUGGUGGGGGGGGAGGGGGUAGUAAAGUUGGUCGGUAAAUGUAAUCGAUGGUCGGUACAUGUUAUGGAUUGUCAGUAGAUGGGUAUCUUGACUUUAUAUAGUAUAUUGGUGUGUAUACAUUGACUAGCAAGAGUUGAAUUUUGGUCUGUAAAUUCACCGAUUUACACCCCCCUACUCCAAAUCAUCAAGGUACACCCCUCUCUAUAGAUAUGCAUUUUACUGAAUUGCAACCGUUCUAUUUGAUGACUAGCAGUGAUACCUAAUUUGAGAAUCCCCUUUUCAAGACAAUUUCCUGAGUGCUUGUGUCUUGAAAAUUCAGAUCUUCGGGCGACAGUUUACACAACUUCUGGGUUGUGUUAUCUGGGCACAAAGUUACCAUUCUGCUUCUGCUCUUUGAUAUAGAACAGGGGUGGCAACCCUCGGGCCAGGAAGAGAAUUUUUGUGGCCCGCAAGAUGAUGAACUCAUAUUAUGACUUUUUGGUUGGCCGGGAUGAUUUGCCAGGCGGUCACAAAUAUUGAAUGAAACAUAUUGAUUCAGAAGGAGGUUAUUUUCAUCAAACCUGGGAAUCACAGAAAGAUUUUUCACUUUCUGUUGUGACGAUUUCACCAUAGUUCAUAGAAAUGAGACUGGUUAGGAAUCUUUGAUAUGAAAACAAAAGGCCCUUUGUUUCAUCUUGAAAAGCUAAGCUUUUUGGUCAUGUGAUCAAAGAAGGUACAAGGUGUUGCAGCAAUGGCGUGCGAGAUGAUUCACUUUGUUGACAAUGUUGAUUUCGAGGAAAUCAUGAAUGUUGUUGAAGAUAAUGAAGAUAUCCAGAAUUUUUUUGCUCAAGAAACAAUCGAGAUACUCGUCGACGACACGGAAAAGCAAUGCAAUCAUUGUACAAAACGAUUCAAAACAUGUGCAGGGUUAAACAGACACAUUGCGGCAAUUCAUAAAGAGAAAAGUGAUGGCAAUAGUAGUGAUAUACUUACUGCUAACAAUAUUCAAAUACUGAUGCUGAAGACAUGCAGCGACAUUGCAAAUAAUAAGUGCUACGGGGAGGCUGUUAACUUGGCUUUUGCUAGUUACCAUGCAAAUGAUGUAUUCGAAAAUGAUGGUUUUGUAAGCAGUGAUUUCUAUGCAAGUAUUCGGAAGCUAACUAACAAGCUGACUAGCACCAGUAACAAAGAGUGUUUUUAUGGUGAUUAUUACAGUGAUGUUGUUUUUAACUGUCAGUCACAUUUUCCAUCUCUGGAUUGCACUCAUGGCUCACUCUUAGCAACUGAACUGUGUGAAAAAAUCAUUAAUGAAGUCCAGUUCCUCUCUUCAUCAAAUGUAACAACAAUGCAGCCAACAAUUGCUUUAAAUGAAAGAGAUGUGUAUUGCAUUGAAUACAUUGGUGGUUAUGUUUUGAGGAAGGUUUUCUUCAAUUUGAAAACAAAGAAAACAGCCAGUGACACUGCUCUUGCCAUAUUAAAAAGUUUUAAAAGCGAUGAAAGCAACGAAGAGAGCCUUAUAGGAGUUUUAAAUCGCGGUGGACUUUGGAAAAUUAGCGAUAUGGCAAAGAGUCUGUUCAUUUUGGCUGAAAAAAAAUUGAGAGCAGAAACCAAGAAUGAAGCAAGGUUGCAAAAAAUAAGAAUUGCCCCUAUGGCAUCUGCCCUUACAAAAGACAUGGAUGCACAAAUGUUGUUGAAGGCUAUCUUGGAGGAUUGUCCUCUUUAUUGUGAUGAAGAGCAUUCAGAAGAAUCUGACAAUAUACUAGAGAAGCUUUUCACAAUAUAUCUUAGAGUGAGAUGCUUUUCGUUAACCAGAGAUCUUGUAACUAAACUUAAAAAUAAAGCUAAAGCAGACUUGGACAAAAAAAAGGCACUUCGUAAAGAGCUAAAGCGUGGUGAUAACAAAAAGAAAUAGAAAAUAUAUAUAUAUAUAUAAAUUUAUUUGUGCCAUACAUGUCAUCAGCUUAUGUAUAUAUAGUUUUGGAUGGCUAUAAGAAGUCCUAAAUGAGUUGACUUUAUCUACUGAUUCCGUGCUGUGUAAUUCUUCCCAAAUGUGAACCUACUGAUUGAGAUUAUAGAAUUAGUUCCCAAUGGCAAAUUUUGUAAAUAAUAACUUUAUCCAAAAUCGCUGUAUGAGUUUAUGUAAAUUGUAAAGGAAAACCCCUGGAAGAGGGCUAUUUCAAAAUGUGCUGCUCAAGUAGAACUGAGAUUGGGAACUUCACUGAUUACUUCACUGAGAUUGGGUACUUACUAGAAACAAUAGUUUCUGUAAAUGAGGUUUGUUUGACACAAAUUGUAUCCAAACACAGCAGUGUAUGUGACUGGAAGAACUUAAUAUGAAUGGAAUUGGAAGAAGAAGCUCUUCAACUUAAAUAUAUUAAACUACGAACAGGUGCUAUACCCAAAUAGUUGUAAAAAAGUCGUAAUCAGUUGGCUUUUUUUAAGUCUGAUAGUUAUUGGAGCAUAUUAAUUUUUUUGAAUUAUUGGAGCAUAUUUAAGAGGGAGCUUAUUCUAAAAGAGCGCUUGAUUAAAUAAUUAUAAUUGGAAGUGAUUAUGUUACAAACAACGUUUGUUAGCAGGAUUAAAUAAUUUACUUGAAGUUAUUUCUUUUUUUGUCUUUAUUUAGUGGCUUAGGAUCCACAAAAUGCCAUUAAAACCCUUUUUGUAACACUUGGAUCUUGUCACUUGUAUUGCCUGUCUCUUGUGAAACAAAUCUUUGGGUACUGAUAAUGUUUGCAUUGCAGCCAAAUGGAUGUACAGAUCACCUUUUCUACUCAUGCACCUUCGCUGUCCAAAAAUUUCCUCUACUAGAUCCCGAUUGAAGCGCUCUGUCAAAACAUAAGGCAUUCCAUUGUUGAGGCAAAAAUGUAUGCAUUCUAUAAUUGAAAAUACAGUUGUUUGGACACCAAUAUAUGUUUGUUUCGAGAUAAACAUUUUCUCUUUCUCAACUUUCUUGUGAUUCCCUGGUUUCAUUUCAAUAGAUGCUUUCCAGACAUUCAGAUACUUCAAGAGAACAUCUUUAAGCCAUCAAAGUCUUUUAUCAUUGGUGGAGAUAAAUGAAGCUUAAGAUGGUUUUUUUUCCAGCUGCGACUCUUUCAAGCUUUUUACAUUUAAACUAUCAAGGAACCUGUCAAACAUUUCACAGAAGGUUUCUGUUGCCAUACAUUCUUUUGUACAGAAAUUCUUCAGGACACUUGCAACAUUUCACCAAGAACCGGGCAUGCAUGCAUGACUUUCAUUUUGGAGUAGCUGAUAAGCUUGAUAUGUGCAUUUGAAAAAUUUGAGUAAUAAUUUGAAACAACCUUCUAAGUCAUUAUUGGAGACAUCUGUAAUAUGUCUUCACAAAAGAAAUAAGCCUUUAAGGCACAUACAGCGUGCUUUAUUGCCAGAAUCUGAAAUCAGUAGGCUAUUUCUGGCAGUCUUCCUCAAAUGAGGUGCAUCACUGAUAAAGAAAAUGUACAGGCUACGUCAGAAUAUGUUUUCUGUAUGGUUAAAACAGCAUCUGACUUUGUAGGACUUCUGUUCAGGUUUUUGUAGAAGCUGAAAAGUUGUCUGUUCGCAGCAGCACCAUCACACACAGCAGCAAGAACCCCAAGAUUACAGUUCAGCUCCAUAUUUCAAAGGCUUGUAAAUCCUACAAUCUCGUCGCUAUAUUUAUCAAAAAAAAAACCUAGAUGACAUUUUCAUCUCAUCAAAGGCUGUACAUACAUAUCGCUGAUGAACAGAUAAACUUCCAGUUGCUUGUUUCAACUGGUCCACAACUUCUGUUAUGAGCCCUGUCUUUGGUGGGAUUACAUUUCUGUAGCCUCGAAGGGUUCUCUUGCUUGGCAGGCAACGUAUACCAGAGUUUUUAGCUCAUCAAACAUUGCAUCGCACCUCAAUGUCAUAGACAAACAAAACCUUAUAGCCAUAGGAUGGUAUCUCUUUGAGCUUUGGCCCAAGUUCUUCACCUGCUCCUUCCAAAAAAUCUUCAUGAAUGGGGUAGCAUUGGAAAGGUUUUUCUCCAUAAGCUGGUUCAGGUCAUUGCUCAGUUGAUUAUCAAUUUUUAUACCUGUGUGUGCAAUCACUUUGCUCAUCUUCUGUACCUUCUCCUCAAGCUGGCUUCAUUUCAGUAUUUUUUCAUCAGUGUCAUGCAAAGUCUUGAAGCACCAACUUUUACUUGAUUCUUCUGUCUGUUUUCUUUGCAAUUUAGUUAGCAAAUGCUCACAUUUUGUGCAAUUUGCCAAAAUGUACAUGGUAGCAGCACCUGAAAUUAUUGUUUAUUUACAUAACAUGU